AUGGAGAAAGACGAUUCGUUUACAUCGUUGCUCAACGAUUCUUCUUCCGAUGGCGCUGAAGUCCUCGAAGAUUGCUCCGAUGAUUACUUAUUUACAUUAAAAAAUGCCUUGGACAAUUUGGUCGAAAAGUUCGAAGCAGAAUACUUCCAGCAGACUCUGCAAAACUGUUUGUCCGCUUUUCCAGUCAACUUAUUGGACGAGAAAGUUUUCAGCGAAAUUCUUCCCGUCGCGCAUCGCUAUUUAAUCGAGGUCAUGAAUCGAAUUAGCAAAAUAAUAAGCACGAGCGUUGAACGAGAUACUUUGGAAAAUGUGAAACGACAAUUGUUUGUUUGCCAUGAAUUGUUGAAUGUAUGGGAGAAAUCUGUAGACCGAGUAUCCAAACUUCACAAAACGUCUGCCGUUAGUCUUAAAUCUCUGUCAGAAAACGUACCUAUCACGAUUAAAUUGGUAUUCGAACACUGCAGAGGAAGCACAAAGUUAUACAGUACUUUGUUCGAGGGCGUAUCGGAAAAUUUAACAAAUCUCUUUCGCAAGGCGAAAACGAUCUUGAGCCUAUUCCUGGCCACUUUGGAGAGUGUAAUCGUUUUCGACACGGAUACGGAAUUGGAAAUGGAACUGUUGGUAAAAGUGAUUGAUGGAAUUGGAUCAUUGGUUACCAUCGCGCACGAACUGGAUUUGAAGACGUUCGUAGAAACGUCGAAAAUGUUCGGUAAAUUGUCGAUAAUGCAUCAGCAUAAUAUAAUACGAGUUAAAUCGAUCUGCGUCACUCUGCAUUUUGACGAAAUGAUUAAAAAUGUAUCUUGGAUGAUUUCGUUGCUUCAGGAGUCCCAUGAUAGAAGCGUCGACGAGAAAAAGAUAAGAGUUAUCGGUCAUUCGUUGAAAAUUUUGGACAGAUUAUUCAUUGCCUAUUGUUCCUGCAUAAACACAGAAACCCUCUCGUCUGUGAUUGAACUUCUCUUGCAAAUGCACAGGUGUUCCCCUUCCUGUUUACAAAAAUUGCAGAUCGACGAUAAAGCAGUCGAAUUAAUAAACAUUCACAUUUCGAAAGGAACCGAACCAUUCCUCAAUACUGUCUUCAAAAUCUUUGCUUUCAAGCAGGCGUUCUUCGAUUAUGAAGACAGGUGUGCAAACGUCGAUAAAUUGGGCUAUCAUUUGUUGACAGUCAGUAUUUUGAGAAAAUUGAUCGGCACACCGUUCGAACAACACUGUAUAUGGACCCUAGGCGCAGAGUCGAUUAUCGAUGUCGCGUUAACAAACAUUAACUAUAUACAAGAAGAAAUUUGCACGGGUGAAACAAGAUUGCCAGGGGCACACGACGUCGGUGAGAAACCGCGAGAAGCCAUGUUGUACGAAGCCACCUUGGUACCAAUUUGUGCUCUGAUCAGUGAAACACCUCCGGAUGGAUUCUAUGCAGUGGAAUUGAUCCUGCUGAAGCAUUUGUUAAGCGGACGACUUUGGAGUUCCUUGCUCAGCUCGGACAUUUGGUGCUUUAUAAGCCGCAUUGGUUCUUCGGAGCUUUGCGUUAGCCACGUGAAGUAUCUAUUGAAAGUUUAUACUGCUUUGAUGAAGCGGCACAACGACCUUGAAACCGUUAUACUGGAGAAUUUAAUCGGAAGGUUGUACAGCUUGCUUUCCGAGGAGACAAAGCACACUCUUGUGACGGAACUCGACGAUCUCGAGAAUCCAUCUUGGAUCACUUUCGCGCGGUUCUUUCCAUCGAAAACGAAAUCGUUUUUACAGAAUCGAUUAGCUUGCGUGCUCAAUGAAAUACCUGGCACGUUUGCGGAAUUGCAGCAGCAACCUACACUAAAAAGUUGGAAUCAAAUCACAACGCUGAUGCCCGUGAUUGGAAAGCUCAAUUACGCGGGCGAGAAAACCACCGUCGACAUUUUGUCUCAAAUAUGGAGUUCGAUCGCGGACACGAUCGAGAUUUUCGAGGGCAGACAAUUUGAUAUACUGUCAGAAUUUUUGUGGAAACUAUUCAGCGCUACGCAACCUGAGAAAAUACAAGACGAUACGUUUUUUACGAUCCUGGAAGCAGUCAUGACGUCACUUUUGUGUUUCCCAUCGCACGUGAGGGUGAUCGCGACGCAUUAUUUAAGGAAUAAUGUCGAUUCCUUCGACGCAUGCGGUCUUAAGACUGCAAAUGCGUUGGCUGAGUUGAAUUGUCGGCUUCUGGAGGACGAAAACCCGUGGGUGCGACAAGAAGCGUACGAGUCUUUCGAUCAGAUGGCUCACACGUGUCCAAACGAAGAACUCGUUACCAAAAUGGUCGCCGCUGUCACGAGGAGACCCGUACUGAGCGAUUCUAUACCCGCGUAUCUUUCUGUCACACCUUACUACGAGCUCUCCGACUUCUCGGACGUUCGGUUUUAUUUGCAACACGCGAUCGAGGAUUCUCAAAAUGUCUGCCACGUUUGCUAUCAUUACGAGGAAUCGCAAAGGGAAGAGAAGCUCGCUAGGUUAGAAACUCAAUCGAGCGAGAUUUCUAUCGAAAGUUCAGGAUCAAAUGAUCUAAACGAGCACGUGAGCAAAAUAUGCGACGAAUUGAACGACAUCGCGAGGAAAACUAGCGAUAUCGAUGAUCGUACUUUACGCAGAUUACGUUUGGUUUGUACGAAAAUCUUGAAUUUAUCCGAAUCAUCGAAAUGA